AUGCUGCCGCGGGUGCGCGCCGCCGUGGCGCAGCUGGUGGCGGGCCUGGGCGCGGAGCCCCGGAGCGGCGGGGCCGGGGGGCCGCGGCCUGAGCCCUGCGGCGGGUCGGAGCCCUGCGGCCGGUCGGAGCCGUGCAGCCGGUCGGAGCCGUGUUGCCGGCCCGCUUUCCUCCAGCUGAGCCCCGCGGAGCUGCGCCGUGCUCAGGACCACGCUGGCCGGGCGGUGCAAAGCCCCCGCGACGGCCGCCGCCGCCUGCCCUGGAGCACGGGCUAUGCCGAGGUGAUUAACGCAGGGAAGAGCCAGCACAACGAGGACCAGGCGUGCUGCGAGGUGGUGUUUGUGGAAAGAAGGCCCAUCCCCAGGGGUCGGCUGCUGUCCAAGGAAGGCUGUGGGGAGCUGGCUGGGGGCAGGAAGGGGUUUUAUUUCCACUAUUGGGCCUUGUUUGAUGGCCAUGCGGGCAGUGGUGCUGCUGUCAUGGCAUCCGAGAGGCUCCAUCUGCAUAUCUGUGAGCAGCUCCGGGACCUCGUGGACAUCCUGCAGGAUCCAUCCCCACCUCCCAUCUGCCUCCCACAUGGGCCUGUGGAGUUAAGUCGGGUGCCCCUCACAGAGGAUGAUGGGGAGGUCCCCAAUGAUGCUGUGCCACGGUUUCACCUGGAGAAAGCUGUCUCCCAUGAGAGCCUGGUGAUCGGUGCCAUCGAGAAUGCCUUUAAGCACAUGGACGACCAGAUCGAGCAGGAGCAAGUGUCCCAGCGCCUGGCUGGGGGCUGCUGUGCCCUGGCUGCCGUCUACCUCAUGGGCAAGUUCUACGUGGCCAAUGCUGGUGACAGCAGGGCCAUUAUCAUCCGUAACGGGGAAAUCAUUCCAAUGUCCAGGGAGUUUACUCCAGAGACAGAGAGGCAGAGGCUGCAGUUUUUAGCAUUCCUGAGGCCCGAGCUGCUGGGGAAGGAGUUCACCCACCUCGAGUUCCCCCGCAGGAUCCAGCCCAAGGAGCUGGGGAGGAAGAUGCUGUACAGAGACCAGGACAUGAACGGCUGGGCUUACAAAAAGAUAGAAGAGGAUGACCUGAAGUUUCCACUUAUCUAUGGGGAAGGAAAAAAGGCUCGGGUGAUGGCCAUGAUUGGGGUGACGCGGGGCCUGGGAGACCAUGACCUCAAGGUGUUCAGCUCCAACAUCCACAUCAAGCCUUUCCUGUCCUGCUUCCCGGAGGUCAGGGUUUACGACCUCACACAGUACGAGCACUGUCCUGAUGAUGUUCUGGUCCUGGGCACCGAUGGGCUCUGGGACGUCACCAACGACAAGGAGGUGGCUGGUGUGGUGAUGGAGGUGUUGACAAGCUAUGAGCCCAAUGACCCAUGCAGGUACACCAUGGUGGCGCAGGAGCUGGUGGUGCGGUCCAGGGGGGUGCUGAAGGAGCGGGGCUGGCGGCUGGCUAACGACAAACUGGGCUCUGGCGAUGACAUCUCUGUCUUUGUGAUCCCUCUGGGUGGCCCAGGCAACUACACGUGAUGCUCAAUGACCCCGGGGCAGCAUGGAUGGAGAUGAGCAGGACACUGGUGCUGCCUUGGGGCCACCUCUCCCCCAAGCACUUGUUUCCUGAGCCAACUGUGAGAAGAGUAAGAAACCUGGAGCCUCUUUCUGUGCCCCUGCUUAGAGCAUCCCUCUCCACCUGUGUGAGCCCAGCCCUAGCUGAGAUGGAAGGGCCUUGGACAGAGGCUGGGACUGGUGUGGAGGGAUGGUUUUUGUGCUGCCACUUUCUCGAUUGCUGUGAAGAGCCAAAAGGCUCCCUGGCUUCUCAGGGCAUCCUUUGCACCUCACCCUGGAUGCGCUGGUUCCAGCAGCAUGCCGUGGCCCUUGGGCUGGUGGAGCACUUGUACCUGGAGAAGCGUGUGCCUGCUGCAAUCCUGUGACACUGGCAGCAGUGACGCUGAAGCUGCUGUUGGGGCUGGUAUGGGCUGUGGUGGGUGAAGUUCUGCUAAAGGCAAUGCUCAGUGCUGUUGUGGGUGGUGUGGCAGUGGACAAGCCCCACGACUGACAUCUCAGCUUUGUGCUUGCCCUCUCCAGCCCCUCACAUCUUCAUCCCAGCCACGUACCUUGUCUUAGUCACUGGUUUGGGAGGAUGGGGCUGUGCUUCAUCACUGCAGUGCACAAAGAGCCCCUGGGAAGGAAUAAGCUAUUGCACUUGCGCUGGCUGUGCCACGAGUUCUGCUCUCACCCGUCUUCAUGCCUUGGGUCACUGCUGUGUUUCUGGAGCCAAUUAGUUAUUGUUAACUGGAGAGCUGAGCUGGAAAAUGUCUAAAUCUUCUUGGUGUGGGGAGAUUGUAUGAAUGUAUGUCUAUAUUUUUGUGUGGUGAGCUGCAAUCGGCCACAGAGCAGACCUAUUCAGGCAAGCUUAACUGCUGUGUGGAUCUGCUUAGCUGAGAGCUGGAAGCCCACAAUAAAGGCAGCUUGGUUGUGACUGGAAGGGGGGAAAGGCAACUCCCUCCUUUUCCUUAAUAAUGUCCAAGCUGGCACUGAGCAGAGCUGCAGCAGUGGCUGAUCCCUGCACAGGGUCUUAUUUUGGGUUACACAACCUUUAUCCUGGAGGAUGCAUUUCCUGGACCUCUCAGAGCUUUGCAUCCUCCCAUCACAGGAAGAAUGCUUCAUCCUGGCACUGUGGUGAUGGGGAGAGCAGGGCUAUGGUCCCUUGGUUUGGCAAGGCUCUGUGGCACCAGUAGUUUGUUCCUGCUGCUGCUGGGUGCAGCCAGCUCUUGUCACGUGUCACCUCUGGCAAAUGUUGUUUGUCUCCUGUAAUCGGGUGUAAAUAAACUGGAUGCACUUAAUGGGAA